AUGGCGCGCGAGCAUUCAAUAAUUCGACGAUCCAAGAGUCACAGCUCCAAACGCAAGAUUUGCAAAUUCCCCAAUUGUGGCCGAGAGCGCAAGUCCACGACUCGUCAUGGCCAGACAACCUCCAAAUAUUGCGAGUGGCAUUCGAAUCCAGCCAAUUAUGACAGCGUGGGCAUGUAUAUGGCAGGAAGGGCACCAUCAAAUACCUCUUCAGAAGCAUUUUCCAAUCAUCAUUUGGCAUAUGUGACGCCUAUUAAUACCAGAUGCUGUGAACGACAGUCGUCCAUGCCUUGCUACAACAGCACAUGCCAAUUCCAAGGUUGCAAUAGCCCCAUUCAUGCUCGAUCCAAGGCCUUCUGUUUACAACAUGCGCAAUCAAUCUAUGAAAAUAUCCUUUCAAGUUGUUGGCACCCUUCUACUGCGCACUCCUGCGCUCCGCCGUCUCCUCCUCUGUCUCCAUUGUCUCCGCUACAAAUACCUAUCGAAGGUAUCAGACGAGAUGGAGGAUAUCCGCCCACUUCUACCAGCAGUUCAACAGAUGGACGCCGUACAUCUAUCGAGAGCACUACCACUGUUGGGACUGCACCUGCUUCAGUCACCACUACAGUUGCUGCCUCCAGCGCUGCCCCAGCCGAACCAAAAAUUGAGGCAAAGCUCGAAACUGUCAGCCAUGUGGUUGAUCAAGAGAAGCAUCAAGUGAAUAAUGAGAAUGAUGGUCUGCCGACGUUCUUCUCCGGUGUGGGCGUUGGGCUCUGUAUUCUGUUGCAGAUAAUCCAUGUCCUUCUGCGACUCUUGCUAGAACUGGCACGAGGGAUGGGAAAGCGAGGGAUGUGGUGA